AUGGCUCCAUAUAAGGCUAUUUAUAAGAGGAGAUCUCUUUAUAAGAGGAGAUGUAGAUCGCCAAUCAGUUGGUUCAAAGCUGGUAAAGCUGAGUUUAUAGGACCAGACUUAGUUUAUCAAUCUAUGGAGAAAGUGAAGACCAUCCAAGAAAGGAGAAGAGACUUGGAGUUUGAAGUAAAUGAUUGGGUGCAUUUGAAAGUUUUUCCCAUGAAAGGUGUUAUGAGGUUUUGGAAGAAAGGAUUUUUGAUUCCUCAUUACAUUGGUCCUUACCAGAUUAUAAAGAGAGUUGGCAAUAUCACCUAUGAAUUGGAGCUUCCAUCAGAGUUAGAUAUUGUUCAUCUAGGGUUCUUGCUCAAGAAAUGCUUGGGAGAUCCUUUACUCAUUGUUCCUACAGAAAAAAUUGGGGUGAAAGAUAACUUGUCCUAUGAGGAGGCUCAUGUCCAAAUUCUUGAUCGUACGGCUUGUAAAUUGAGGACCAAAGAGGUCGCUUCAAUCAAAGCCUUAUGGAGAAAUCAGUUUAUUGAGGAGGCUAACUAG